ACAACUGAAUUUUUCCAUUUUUGUUUUUCAGGAUUUGGAAACAUCUCCCCACGAACUGAAGGUGGAAAAAUAUUCUGUAUCAUCUAUGCCUUGCUGGGAAUUCCUCUCUUUGGUUUUCUGUUGGCUGGGGUUGGCGAUCAGCUCGGGACCAUAUUUGGAAAAGGAAUUGCCAAAGUGGAAGACACAUUUAUUAAAUGGAAUGUUAGUCAGACCAAGAUUCGCAUCAUUUCCACCAUCAUCUUCAUCCUGUUCGGCUGUGUCCUCUUUGUGGCUCUUCCCGCCGUCAUAUUCAAGCACAUAGAAGGCUGGAGCGCUCUGGACGCCAUCUAUUUUGUGGUUAUCACCCUGACAACCAUUGGAUUUGGUGACUAUGUGGCAGGUGGAUCGGACAUUGAGUAUCUGGACUUCUAUAAGCCUGUUGUGUGGUUCUGGAUCCUCGUCGGGCUUGCUUACUUUGCUGCUGUUCUGAGCAUGAUUGGAGACUGGCUGCGGGUGAUAUCUAAGAAAACAAAGGAAGAGGUGGGAGAGUUCAGAGCACACGCCGCUGAAUGGACAGCCAACGUCACAGCCGAGUUCAAGGAGACACGGAGGCGGCUGAGCGUGGAGAUCUAUGACAAGUUCCAGCGGGCCACAUCCGUGAAACGGAAGCUCUCCGCAGAGCUGGCCGCGAACCACAGCCAGGAACUGACUCCUUGUAGGAGAACCCUGUCCGUGAACCACCUGACCAGUGACAGGGAAGUCUUGCCUCCCUUGCUGAAGGCUGAGAGCAUCUAUCUGAAUGGCCUGACCCCUCGGUGUGCUGGUGAAGAGAUAGCUGUCAUUGAGAACAUGAAGUAGCUCCCUUCUGGAAGAGUCUGAGGUGUAGCCAUCGGGGAGGGCUUCUCUAGGCUCUUUGUGACUGUUGCUGGUAGCAUUUAAACAUUGUGCAUGACAGAGCUGAAAGGAAAAGCCACUAGAUACACCCAACUGGUCACCUUACAUCCAGGGAGUGUGGAGUCCUGAGGCAGCACUCUGGGGAGGCUUGUGAGCCGUCCACUGAGUGGCGAGUGAUGGACAGGCAGUGUCCGAUGCCUUUUCGUGCCCAGACUGUUUCCCUCCCCCUUUUUCCUAACGUGCCAUAAGGCCUCUGAAUGAAUUGGAAUGCUUUGGUAGCCAUGUAGCUUGGAGGGAUCAGCCCUUGACUUUUCAGGGUUCACCUAACUGAGCCUGGAUAUGGACCACUUAGGGAUGACAACAUUUCUUUUUGUAAAUGGCAAGAAAUUCUUAUGCAGCCUUUUACCUAAGAAAUUUUCUGUCAGUGCCUUAACUUACGAAGAAACAGGACCCUCUCUAGUGGGCUUGUGGUUUCCCCUCCCUGCCCCCACCCUAGGCUGACCUCUGCUGAUUCUUAUUCUCACCCCCCCCACCCCCACCCCACCCCACCCCCGCAUACUGUACCCUGCUGGAAGCGAUGUGUAGCUUGACAGGAGAAAGAGAUGCCCACCACAGGCACAGCAGCAACACUCAGGAGCUCUGGCGUCACAAGGACCACAGAGAAGGGAGGUCAGAGAAGGCCCUCUGAGUAUUUAUUUGACUGGGGUACCAAUGGUACAUCUAUAUAUAUGUACAGAGUAAUAAUUACCAGGCCGGUAACAUCGGCUGCUUCUACACAGCCCCCCUUUUCCUGGCAGUAUUUGGAGUUUAUCAUUUAUUAACAACUAGUCAUUUUUAAAGGCAGAAGAAGUGAGCACGUACAUCUAUAAUCUGAGUGAUUUAAUAGAAGAAAGCUGUCCCAACUGAUAUCACAAGGUGAUUUCAAACAGUUGGUAUGAAUUCAUUCUGAUGAAAAGAAAAUAACAAAGCCAUGGAUGUGUAUUUGCUAGUAAAUAGCUCACUGCCAGCUUGGAAUAGCCCAUGAGGUACAGAAGGCUUACACCCUUUUCUUUUCUUGAGUGGUUCUUGCCAAAUUGUAGGGUGGAGUGGUGCCCAGGAAGAGGGGGUGCAGCCCCAGCCACCCUAGGGUCCCUCUGCCGAGGUGACUUGGUGUGAGCACAAAUGCUGGACUGGGGAUCACUGUGACUUUUGCACAUGGAAUGAUGCUGACUGCCAACCUACAUCAUCUCUAACAGUAGAGAAAAUGCUGAGGAGCACAAUUUACGUCCCCAGAGUUAUUUUUUUUUUAAGAUAAGAGAAGGCUGAUAAUCCAUUUAAUUUAAAUUUAUAUCCUAUAAUUCUUUUGGCUGUUUCAAGAUUCAGAAAAAUUUUAGUAUCUGCAUCUUGUAAACUGCUCCCCUUUCCUUUAUUUUCAUACUUACAUCUACUGUACACUGUAUAUAUAAUUUUUAAAGUGCAGAAGGAAAAUGACUCUACAUGUAAUUGCAAAACUGAUUUCCUUUUGGGGGAGGGAUGGGCAUAUGUGAACAGGUGGCAUUCAGAUUAAAGUCUUAAGAAAUAAACCCAGGAUCUUAAAAAAGAAAUCAAAGAUUCAUAUUUUCCAAAAUUUGAAUUUAAGCUAGAAAUGUAAAUAUCCAGUUAGCUUGCAGAGAGUACUUUUAUAAAUCCACAAAAGUUCUAACCAAAAUUUUAGCAAGUUGGGCUCCUUUACAAAGAAAGCUACACCACCCAUUUCCUCAAUCACCGUUCUGAAAGCUGAUAUGGUGGGACGCGCCACGUAAAAACUGUGAACCGGGCGGACAAAUAAAGUUUGUAAUUAAAGUUGGA